AUGUUAUUAGCUUCAGUACUCAAGAAGUCGAAAAUAUCUGGAGGAAACAGAGGAAAGGAAACAUGUUCUUUUCGCACGGUAGAAGCCACAGUCGAGGUGUACUUCUACCGGUAAGGGAUAACUUAGACUUUCAACUACGAUCUAUCAAGGUUGAUUCUCAAGGUCGCUAUGUUUUCCUAGAGGUUUCCAUUCAGGAAUCACCAUAUUUUCUUUUAAAUAUUUACGCUCCAAACAAAUGUAGUGAACAAUGUACUUUUUUUAAAGAAAUAUCAGAAAUUUUGAAAGCUGCUAGAACAGAACAGGAUUACCCAAUUAUCGUCGGAGGCGAUUUUAACGUCAUACUUGACCCUGACUUAGAUGGACGGGCGGUAACAACAGAAAGAAAGACUCCGCAAAAUUAGUUGAAGAUAUGCACCUCGAUUUCGAUUUGGUUGAUAUCUGGCGUAUUAGGAACCCCACUACAUCACGAUUUACUUGGCGCCAAAAAAUUCCGGUUGUGCAGAGGCGUCUAGAUUUUUGGCUUAUAAGCGACAGUUUGCAAGAUGAGAUAAUUUCAGCGAAGAUUAAAACAUCAAUAAAAACUGACCAUUCGGCAAUAACCCUUUCAAUUUGCGGCUUUGAUGAAACUAAGAGAGGACCGAAUUUCUGGAAAUUCAAUUCGAACUUAGUAAAUGACUCGGACUACUGUGAACUUUUAACCACUGAAUAUGUGAAUUGGUUAGAGGAAUUUAAAGAGGUUCAGGAUAAGCGUGUUUUAUGGGAUUUAAUUNAAAUUCAAUUCGAACUUAGUAAAUGACUCGGACUACUGUGAACUUUUAACCACUGAAUAUGUGAAUUGGUUAGAGGAAUUUAAAGAGGUUCAGGAUAAGCGUGUUUUAUGGGAUUUAAUUGAAUACAAAAUAAGACAGCGAACAAUUACAUACAGUAAAGGUAAAGCCCGUGAAAGAAGAGCAAAACUACAAAAGGUGGAAGAUAAGUUGAAGGAAUGUAAAGAAAAAUGUGAUAUUGAUCCAAAUAGUGGAAAUCUCGAAGAACUGGAGUGUCUUCAAACAGAAUAUGAUCAAUAG